AUGUUUUUUGAUCCAUCAACUUUUCAGUGCUCUCCAUGCUCACGUAAUGCCACCGCGGUAGACGGCGUCUGUCAGUGUGAUAAGGGCUUUGCUUAUGUGACCGAUGCCGCAACAGGGUCAUCAGCCUGUGAUAGCUGCAGCUCUCGACAACAAGCGGUAGGUAGUUUCCGCUUCGCUAACGGCUCCCAGAUUUGUGUUCCCUGUGGAGGAGACUCUCAAUUAGGCUGUCUUGAGGAUUCUCAUUACGAUGCCAGACUCCUCCAAUGCGUAUGCCCUCCAGGCUUUUUGCUAGUUGAGAACAUAGGGCCUGUUAUUCUUUCCGCACAAAUGUGCGUCCGGUGUGUGAAUGGAAACUGCUCCUCGUGUGAGAAUCCAUAUGUGGCAACCUCCUCUGGUGUUUGUGUUUGCAAAAGUGGUUAUACGCUUCUGUAUGACGGGUCCUGCGUACCCCAGUUGGUGUACGACUCUAUGGCGAAUGUGGCACGGAGUACGAGCACAACUUUGAUACCACCUAAUGUAGGGAAUUCAGGACGUCCCGGUAUUGCGAUCACACAAUCCAAUCUCCGUGAAAAUGCGAUUGGGUCAGCUAUUCUCUGUCAAAAAGGUAAUCUGACCGCUUGCAACUAUCUUGCAAAUCUAUGUGUUCUCAUGAUGUACAACUCAGAGACAACCCCAUGUGCGCUCUACCGCCAUCUCCAAACGAAUAAAAAGUGUGGAGCGCAGUGGUGUGAUUCUUCACUAAGCCUUCCACCGUUGUAUUACAACACCAGCAACCGAGGUGUUUCUCCACCUCCAGGAAAAAACUUCCGCUUCACAGGGGAAGAGAAUCCUAUUUUUAUCGUCUCGACGUAUGACCUUAACGGCACAUGGAAGGGCUUUCAUAGAUUGAAUGAUAAAGUUAAUUUGUGUCGGAUUCCCACACCGGUGCUCAAUAACUUUUUCCGUCCUUCGAGGGCGCAUAGAGUGUCCUGCUACCUCAACUGGGGCUGGUUCUUUUCGACAAAUCAUUCUGAAUUUCACGACGUGUACAUGGUCGAUCCCAGCAAUGAAGGCAACUGGAUACCAGUACCUUUGCUUAUAGACUACUCUAACCAUGAAUUUGACCUCCAGAGCCGACAAAGUGACUUGCUGUAUCGAUCUGUCGCUGCUUCUGGAGAUGCUCCCUCAUUGGAUGGCUUUCGACGCCGAUUUUAUGUUUACGCUGAUGACUCUCACAUAGAAAGGUACAACAAUAGAGAGCUUUCCUAUAUCACAACUAUUUGGUCAGUGAGUUUGCUAUUCCUUUCACCAAGUGAAGGGGAUCAUAAAUUUCAAUCACCUCUUCUUGUCCUUCAGUACGCAUCCAAGAACAUAGCCGAACUCUCACGGCUGAUGGAUGAUCCACUUCACAAUUCAUAUUUAAGUGAGGCUUAUACACCAUGUUGCACGUUAAGCGUAGUUCAACGGGUCAUUUCCCCACAUAGAGAUCAUUUUACAAGUACAGGGAUUAAGGUUGCACUUAUAGUCCUUUCUAUUGUUUGCUUAGUAACUUCAUUGAUUCGCACCUAUGGUUGGAUGCGUCGCCGGCAGAAUCACCUUCUUGAUGGAUUUGCUCUUUGUAGAUUCUUUAUUUACCUUUUUGAUCACAUCGGCAAUACUUACUUCCUCAUCGUGUGCAUUUCUUCUUGGUAUUUUUACCUUCUUCAAAGGAUUCGUCCGCGGUAUGACAACGUGGCGGGUGAUAGUGAGGUGUAUAUUAUAUCCAUGCUAUACGUGGUUUUGGGUGCGAAAGCGCUCACUGUUCUUUACUACCUUGUGGAGCAGUGCAACGCGUAUUAUUUUCUCAUUGAUUGGGAGCGUCCUAAAGGAGAACUGCUCCCUGAGGAUAAAGACGUGUCGUUGAGCAUGUGGCGAGCUACCUUUGUCGCGAAUAAGCUAAUGGAAUUACAGAUGUUGCGAUAUUGGGAUCCACUUCAGGUUAUGACGAUUGUCUUGCUCUUUCUAGGGGGGUUAGUCUAUCGAACUGAAUCAUCUGAUGACUUGAGUAGGUAUAAAACUAGUUACUCUGUUGAGGUGUCGGAUAAAACACUUCGAGUCGCCGUAGCCACUUUUUUUGGAUUGUGGUAA